AGUGUGAAACCAAAUCUCAUGCUGAACAGCCGUGAAAGCACCUGAGCUGAACCAUGAUGAAGUAUUCAUCUUUUUCCCUUUCAUUCUUUCAAAUUUGAUGGUAACAACACAUCACUAUUCAUCUUCUUCUCUUUCACUCUUUCAAAUUUCAACUCUUUUCUUCAAAAUUUUCCACUUCAAAAUAACAACUCUCAUUUUCGUUCAAUUUUCACCACAAUUCAUCAUCAUGUUCAAGUUCAAUUCAUUUUGCCACAAAACCCUAAUCUAUUAUCUCAACGGAUUAACAUUACUAUCCCCAAACCCUAACCCUCUUUUGUUUUCUCUUCAUUUCUGCACCAACACUUCCGAUUCAACCUCAUUUGCAGUUUCCUACCUCAUCAACAAUUUUGGGUUUUCUCCAAAAUCUGCUCCCAAACUUUGCUCCACUUACAAUGUUCGUUUCAAGACUGCUCAAAAACCUGAUUCAGUUCUCAAUUUCUUUAGAAACCAUGGUUUCUCAGACACCCAAUUACGUCAUAUCAUUGCAAAAUCACCAUGGCUACUUUCCUGCAAUCCCUCCAAAAGGGUUUUGCCAAAGUUUGAAUUUUUCCUCUCCAAAGGUGCUUCUAACUCUGACAUUGUUAACAUUGUCAGUAAGAACCCUGCUGUCCUGUCUGCAAGCCUCGAGAAUCGUAUAGUCCCAGCCUAUGAAUUGGUUUAUAGAUUUUUGCAAUCAGACAAGGACACUAUUGCUUUGUUGAAGUACAAUCCAACUAUCUUUGGAACAAGUUAUGUGGUAGAUAACAUCAAAGUGCUUACUGAGAGUGGAGUAACUGACUCAAAUAUUGCAAGAUCGCUUCGGACCUGGAUUAAGUUAUUCUACAGGACGGACUUGCAUGAGUUGGUGGAGGAAUUGAAGGAUUUGGGGUUUGAUCCUUCGCGGUCAAUUUUCACAAUAGCAUUGAUCGCCAAAACAUCAAUAACCAAAACGUUGUGGAAAGAAAAAGUUGAUGUUUUUAAGAAAUGGGGUUGGUCUAAUGAAGAUGCUCUUAAAGCAUUUAGAAAGCAACCUCAUUGUAUGUUAACAUCCAUUGAUAAAAUUAAUUUAGUGAUGAGCUAUUGGGUCAAUCAGUUGGGUUGGGAUGCUCUUGCCAUUGCCAAAACGCCAAGGGUUUUUGGGGCCAGUCUGGAAAAAACGAUCAUACCAAGAGCCUCGGUUGUGCAAUAUCUUUUGAAGAAAGGUUUGCUAAAUAAAGAAGCAAGUUUAACUUCUCCAUUUGUAGUCACGGAGAAGAUUUUCCUUGACAUGUAUAUAAAUCGUUUUAAGGAGGAGUCUUCGUAUCUAUUAAAGCUCUAUGAAGAAAAACUGAAUCUUGCACAAACCACGGAAGAAACUGGCAUGAUAUGAACAAAUUUUCAGAUACUUUUCCUUUGGUUAAACAUCAUUGUUCCAAGCGAAGAUUUUAUGUAGUUUCUGUUACCGAUGUAGAACAAGAUUCAACAGUUUUGCUGUCUUCUUGAUCCAAUAAGGUUCUUUCCAAGGAGGAAGAGGGUUUGUUACAAAAUACUGCCAGGCUGGUAUGCAGUUUUCCAUUGCUUAUUACUUGUAAAUAAUCAGAAGCUAUAUAUGUUUGUUUCUGCUAGUCUAGCAACACAUCUUCCACUUAAAAAUAAUGAUAAAAAUUACCUUUUUAAAUAACAAUACAUUGAAUAUUUUGUUAAUGCAAUGUUUCUCACCAUGUUUUCAUUUAGGAUUACAGACCAUCCUAUAUACUAAUAUUGACAUUUAUCCCAAAAAAAGAAGAAAGAAAACCAAGUCCCUUAGAUGACCCUAAGGGCUUAAGCCAAUGCAAAUCUUACAUCAAUCUACAUAUUUGAACUGCUAUACACUGAUAAGUUCCAUGUAUAAAAAUGCUGCACACAUCAUAGAACCACCCAAUUUUUUAUUUGUAUUUUUGUAAACACAUGUCAUGGCUUUUCAAAUGCACCUAAUCCUUGAUUAUUAUGACUUUAUGAGAAUAUACAGUUAUUGCCACACUUACUAAAAUGAAGGUUGGGUAGAGCCUUCAUAGUCAUACCAAUUGAAGUCCAAACAAGCAUAUAAUAUAAAGCAGAAGUUGUAUUUGAUUACAAAUAUUUUAAUCUUAUGUUACUCACUUGUCAACCGGGUGAAGCCGGCAUUAGAGCUGUUUUGACUUUUGAGGAAUGAGUGUGAAUGUAAUAGCAGAUUUGCGGUAUCAGUUGGAGUUAAGGAUUCAAAUGAAUCUAAGUUCUUAGCUAUUGUUUUUGCUCUUGAGCAGUCUUUGGGCAAAGAGUGGCUAUCUGGUGGCUUGGGUGGAUAAUGGUGAAGCUUGCCCUUGGAGUUUGCGGUUUGCAAGUAUAUUCUGAUGUCGAAAAAAUGAUCUUGCGAUGAUGCUAGG